AUAAAUCAGUUUUAACUAAUGUUGAGAGUUUAGCAGCCCCAGACCCACAAUAGCUGUUAUUUGUGUUCAGUGUUAUCCUUGGCGGUAGUUCCAGUUGUUGCAGUUGCCAUGCGUAGAUUCGGACGGUAUCUCAAACAAUUUUCUCACACCACACAAGCCGCCGCAGCAGUGGCUGCCUCAGUUGCCGAGGUUUGUAAGAACCACAACCUGUAUUGAAAAUCGAAAGCAUUCAAUUCUGUCCUCCUUGACAAACGUCUUGAUGUUUAGGAAUCUUUUGGAGCUAUUAGAACAAUUAGAUCAUUUGCUCAAGAAGACUAUACAGUAUGCAAAUACUCUGAGAAAGUUGAUGACAGACUAAAUAUUGGACUCAAACGAGCUAAAGUAGUUGGUUUAUACUUUGGAGGACUGAACGCUGCAUCCAAACUGUCUAUUUUCAUAGUGGUGAGUUAUGGAGCCUACUUGACAAUUAUGGGAUUCAUGACUGCAGGCUCUUUUAUAUCUUUCAUCCUUUAUAGUCUUACAGGUACUUUUACAAUAUUCAUGUUCAUUCUGCAACUUUGGUCGGAACAAAUUAACUAAAAUGUUUCUUUGCAAUAAGUUUUUUCAUUGAAUUAAACCCUCUGUGCUCUGUGGCUGCAGUUGGAUCCUCAAUUUCCUCGUUAUCGGGAUCACAUGUAUCUGCCAUGAAAGCUGCAGGGUCAAGUAGGAGGAUUUUCCAGCUCUUAGAUCGUGUCCCAAGCAUGCCAAAAUCAGGGGAUAAGUGUCCAGUGGGGAAUCCAGAUGUAGAUGUAGAAUUGGAUGAUGUCUGGUUUGCGUAUCCUUCUCGGCCAAGUCAUAUGGUACUCAAGGGAAUAACACUGAAACUGAAGGCAGGCUCAAAAUUAGCCCUUGUAGGACCAAGUGGUGGUGGAAAGACGACCAUAGCAAACUUACUCGAGAGGUUUUACGAUCCUCUCAAGGGAAGUAUUUUGUUAAAUGGGAUUCCUUUAGUUGAAAUAUCACAUCAAUAUCUUCAUACAAAGGUGAGUAUGGUCAGCCAGGAACCAGUUCUAUUCAAUUGUUCCAUAGGGGAGAACAUUGGAUAUGGAAUCAAUGGCAAAGUCAGCAAAACUGAAAUAGAAUAUGUAGCUAAAAUGGUGAAUGCCCAUGAAUUCAUCGAAAAUUUUCCCGAGAAAUACGAAACAGUAGUCGGAGAAAGGGGCUUGAGGCUGUCGGGAGGUCAAAAACAAAGACUAGCAAUUGCAAGAUCACUGUUAAUGAAUCCCAAAGUGUUGCUUUUGGAUGAAGCCACAAGUGCCCUUGAUGCUGAGAGUGAAUACCUAGUUCAGGAUGCAAUGGAUUCAUUGAUGAGUGGUAGAAGUGUUCUAAUCAUAGCACAUAGGCUUUCAACAGUAAAAAGUGCAGAGAAAGUGGGUGUUAUUUGUGAUGGUCAGAUAGCUGAGAGUGGAACACAUGAACAACUUCUCGCACAGGAUGGCAUCUACACUGCACUUGUCAUGAGACAACUACAAGGAUCCAACACUAAUUAGUAUCCUGUAUUUCAAUACCAGUACUUGUAUUUCAACUACAAGGAUCCAACAAUCGUAUUUCAACACUUAUUUGUAUU